AUGGCUUUGUCUCCGGACGUCAAAUUCUCCUAUAUUGGGAUCAUCGACAAGAUCCUAGCCGACAGUGACUUGAACACCAUUUCGGAGAAGCGCAUCCGCAGAGGCUUACAGGAUGCGACUGGACAUGACCUUACGCCUUACAAGGCUGAAAUAAAGGAAUUGAUCAUGGUGAGAUUCGAUAUUUUUGCUGAACAGGCCAACUCUGCAGCGGACGAUGGCGUUGGUGCAAACCAGGUUUCCCCCGACCCGUCAGCAACGUCACAGAAGCGAAGUGCGGAGGCAGAGAGUGCCUCCGAGGAAGCCGACGCGCCUUUUCCUAAAAAGAAACGCAAGUCAGAUCUGAUUGAUUCCGAUGCAGCGUAUGCGGCGAGAUUACAAGCCGAAGAGGACUCUCUCGCAAGGCCAACAAGAGCGGCAAGAAAAGCUGCGCCAGUGAAAAAGAAAAAGACCACAAAGUCCAAAAUGCCGAGAAGAGUGAAAGCCUCAGACGACUCUGAGAUGGAGGGUUCGGCCAAUGAGAAUAAGAGGGAAGUGAACAGAACUGGGGGUUUCCAUAAACCGCUCAACCUGUCGCCUGCGCUUUCGGCCCUUUUUGAUGGUGAAGUAUCCCUCUCUCGGCCGCAGACGGUGAAAAGAAUAUGGCAAUAUAUCCGUGAGAAUAAACUCCAGGAUCCAGCCGAUCGACGUCAAAUCAGGUGUGAUGACCGCAUGCGCGCCGUUUUCAAACAGGACCGCGUCCACAUGUUUACUAUGACGAAGAUCCUCAACCAAAAUCUCUACAACCCUGACGAGUAA